AUGAACAAGGCAAUUGAAGGCGAUCGCUCAAAGUCAGCAGACAGCCCAAUGCCGGUUUCGCCUUGUUUGGAAUUCGUCUGGAAACGCAUCUCGAAUGUAAACUCUGCGUUUUUUUCGGGUGAAAAUAGCUGUGACUAUGAACUGAAGCACAACAUAGUUCGUAAGGGCAACCGUUUAGCCAACUGUUUUGGACGGAAAACCGCCGGCCAGGCCAAAGCAUCCGACACCGGGAAAGGAAAACUAUUGACAGCCUGA